GAACAAAGAAGCUUUUAACAAUAAUCCAACAAAGUCUCUCCUUCUCUGCUCUCGAUUCUCUCAACAAAGCAUGGCUCUUUACCUCUUAUCUCUCACCCUCCUCCUACUCCUCCUCACCACGCCCACCCUUUCCCUCUUCGAACCCGACCCGGACUCGACCUCCACCGUCUACGAACUCCUCCCAAAGUACGGCCUCCCGAGCGGCCUCCUACCCGAUUCCGUCACCAACUUCACCCUCUCCGACGACGGCCGCUUCGUCGUCUACCUGUCCAAGCCCUGCACCGUCGAGUUCGACUACCUCGUCUACUACGACAAGACCGUAUCGGGACGAAUCGGCUACGGCUCCAUCACCGAGCUCGAGGGCAUCGAGGUGAAGCGGCUCUUUCUCUGGUUCGACGUCGACGAGAUCAAGGUCGAUCUGCCUCCCUCCGAUUCCAUCUACUUCAAGGUCGGGUUUAUCAACAAGAAGCUUGAUAUUGACCAGUUCAAGACUGUUCAUUUGUGCGGUGAUAACGGUGUCUCUUGUGGGAAGAGUUUUCUCCAGAUUCCAGCAAUGAUGAAAGAAGCUGAGAUGCUGAUCACCGAGUAAAGUACUCUCACCAAUCACACCACAACACCAGGAAGAUGGAGUUUUUACUUUAGUGUCAGUCGUCAACCUUUGUACAAAUACAAGUCUUUUUUUUUAUAAAGAUUUGGUAAUGAAAUGUCAAAUAUUUCCUUCAUGCAAGUCUUUGUUGUUAAAACUCUGUUCCACGGAAGAAUGAUGUAUCUUUAUGUAUGCUAUAUGACUAAAUGUUUCCCUA